AUGGAAUUGGACUUUUCUCAAAAUUAUAGUACUAACAAAGAAGAAGAGAGAUGGAUAAAACACUAUAGCAGCUCUCAGAAGAUAUUGCUAGUUGGUGAGGGAGAUUUUUCAUUUGCUGCUUGCUUAGCCACUGCUUUUGGCUCUGCUCUCAACAUGGUGGCUACCUCUCUUGACUCUCAAGAGUCUCUGAUGAUGAAGUACCCAACUGCGAGCGACAACUUGAAGCAAUUACAGGACCUUGGUUGCACCAUUUUACAUGAAAUUGAUGGCACCACCAUGAGCCUACACCCUCGACUUGGAUUCCAGUUAUUCGACAGAAUUGUGUUUAAUUUCCCUCACGCAGGAUUCACUUUAAGUGAACACUCAUCGAUCCAAAUUAUGCUUCACCAGGAUGUGGUGAAGGGCUUCUUGAGUAGCGCAAGUGGGAUGUUGACAGACAAUGGAGAAGUGCACGUGACGCACAAGACGGCUCACCCUUUCAAUCUUUGGGAAAUAGAUAAGUUAGCAGAGGAGGUUGGUCUGUGCUUGGUUGAGGAAGCAUGGUUCUCAAGAUAUGAUUAUCCAGGUUAUGUAAACAAAAGAGGGGAUGGGCAUAGAAGCAAUGAUACUUUCCCAGUAGGAGCAUGCACUACUUUCAAAUUUGCAAAGCCAUGA